AUGGGUGGUGGACCUAUUAAGAAAGCAUCUGAGGCACUCCAAUUGCUUCUUCGUUCAUUACCCGAAGAUUGUUUAUUUAAUGUGGUAUCAUUCGGAUCACGCUUUGAUUCUUUAUUUGAAAAGAGUCAACCUUAUUCUGAAACUAAUUUCUCAAAAGCUCUCAACCAUGUACAAGGAAUGACUGCAAAUUAUGGAGGAACUGAAAUUUAUAAUCCUCUAAAAUGGGCCUUUGAAAACUCAAGGAAUGAUAUGCCUACUUCUGUUUUCCUUCUUACUGAUG